GCAGGAGGUCUGUGAACGUCAGAACUGGCGGGACACGCUUACUUCUGACUUACUGGACUGUCAGCCCGAGGGAGAUGGAUGGACAAGCUGUCAUAUGUGGCGGUUCUUCGGACCUCCCGUCGCUUCGGCGCGCCCAGGCUUGUUGCCGGGGGAUACUGAAGGCGGUCAACGAGGAUGUGAGGGAAACGGAGCACCGGCAACGCCUCAGCCAGUACCAGCGCAGACUGGAUGCUGCGCCUCAGUUGAAGAGUCUGGACCUCACCACCAAGACGAUGAUUCACGAAGGUCCUCUCAUCUGGAAGGUCAACAAAGACAAGCAGAUCGAGAUCCAAGCGCUGCUGCUGUCAGACUGCCUGGUCCUCCUUCAGAAAGGCCCCGACGAUCGGCUGCAGCUACGCUAUCCGUCCCGCUGGUUGGGAGGAGCAGGAGGGGUCAUGGUGGACAACAAGCCCUCGUUCAGUCCUCUGGUGAAGCUGGACGCGCUGCUUGUCCGCUCUGUAGCCACAGACAAAAAGGCGCUGUACAUCAUCAGCACUGCGGAGACGCUGAUUUAUGAGCUGGUGGCAGGAUCGCCAUCUGAGAAAGACACCUGGAUAGGUUUACUUGAAAAGACCACCAAAGCUUCAUCUCCAACGACCAAUCACAGAUCACUUUCUGUACCUCAACCCUGUGGACGAGCAGGCGGGUUUCAUGGAGCCUUCCCUCCAACCAUGGCGCCGUGUUGGGUGACCUUCCCUCUGACCAACUUGGAGCUGGUAGCUGUGAUGAGAACCUGGCAGUCGGAGUGGCCGACGCCGCCCUACACGACGUGGAAACCCUGCGGAAGCUGCUGUUACCAGAUGUGGAGGAGGACAGGUGGAGCCACGACACAGAGGACACACCCACCAACACCAUGAGCAAUGGAAACGCUGAGAGACGGCGGCAGGAGUCCACGGAGACCGUCCUGGACCUCUGCAUCAACGAAUCGGAGCCCAAGCAGCCGGAGGCUCCGCCCGCAGACAGUAGGCAUCCCGAUGUUAAGGUUGUGAGGAAAGGUAACGGACUGCAGGGACCGUGAGCU